CCACACUCUUCGGCCCAGCUUGCGCUCUACACAUAUCCACCAUCCUCUCCAUAUCAUGGACAUGUCCAACGGCAGCGCUGGCCCCCCUCACAUCGUAAAGAAGCAGGAGGAUGUGGAUCGGGAUCCGAAAGGUGGUCCCGGAAGCAAACCAGAUCUCAAGCCUGCCACCAAGACCUUGAAUCGGGUUCCUCGUGCAUGUAACGCUUGCAGAAAACAGAAGAUGAGGUGCGAAGGUGCUGAGAAUCCACCCUGUAGACGUUGUAGGCAUGCCGGUCUCGAAUGCCUCUUCGAAAAACCCUCAAGGGAAGCAUCGUUGACUGGCGAGGCGGGGCUAGAGCGUAUUCGGAGUCUUGAGGCGCACGUUGCUGAUAUCCGACAAUCUCAGACCUCGAUCCAGAACACGUUGAGUGAGAUCGUCGGUCACUUGCGCGCCGGAUCUUCGAACAUGGCACGAUCUCCGUCAGUGUUCGGGAUGCAGACAUCUCCAACCAUGCAGGCGGAGUCACCGGCGCUGUCGACGCCAUCUACUGUACGCGCACCUCUUAUACUGGAGACUUCACACUCCAUGAUUCCUCCGCAGCACGGUGGUCCCGGCGCUAACCCCAUGGCGUCAUCCUCCCGACCCAUAUCGAAUCCGAAUGUUGGGCAACAGGCGUAUCAAAGUCCUCCACCAACGGCAACAAGACCCUCUACAGAUAUGCACAACUCUCAAAUCACACACCAAACCGGGCAGUACCAGUCUAUGGGGCAAACCUACAACAUACCCCCGAAUUUCCAUCCACCCAUGCUGCCGCCCAUCUCUAGUAUGGAGCAGCAAAUGGGUCCACCGCAACACCCACAACAUUCUAAUGUUUCAUCUAUGCGACAUCAGUAUGGGGACAAUGCACAGCACACUCGCGCGUCCAAACACCUGAAUGUUCCUGGAAGUACUGCUGGCUCAAAGCGCGCUAUGCCGAUGUCCAAUGUCACCAGCGCCGAUUCUUCUGAGGUGGAAGACGAUGAUGGAGAGCUUCCAGCAUCAGGUUUGGUAGCACCGUGGGAGGUAUUACGCGGCCUGGCGGACGUCGCAAUCCAACGAGCUGCUAAGGAAAGCGGAGAGAGCAGCGAACCGCAGAGUCGACAAAGGACGCCAUCUCCCGAUCCCAAACAUCCAAGACCCACGAAGCGGAGGAAGACGCAUCACAAAGUACCCCGUGCCCUGACCUUCCCAGACGUGGUCUCAAAGGGAAUUAUUUCAGAAUCGGAGGCGCGCGAACUCUUCAAAAUUUUCUACCAUGGAUGUUCGACUUUCUUACCCAUAUUCGAUCUGGCCACCGAUACCUAUGACUCUCUGCACGAGCGCUCUCCAUUUGCCGUUGAUAGCAUAUGCAUGGUGGCCGCUCAUGUGCGCGACGGAGGAGGGAAGCCUAGUGACGUGUAUAAUAAAUGCCUUCAAGAAGUCCAAGCGAUAUCAUGUGCCACUUUGUUUGCCCCGGUUAUGCGCCACGAGGCUGUCCAAGCUAUGAUUCUCGUCUCCGGCUGGUCCGACAAUGGUUGGUUGACUGGAGGACAUGCCGUCCGCAUGGCUUUUGAACUUUCUAUGCAUAAAGCGUGGCCCAGGCUUCUCAGGCGAAUGAAUUCUAAUAAGGCCACCGAUGGGUCUGAAGAUAGAGAUCUAGUCGUUGCUGCUAGGACGUGGUUCUGCCUUUAUCUAUUUGAACAUCAAAUGUCGUAUGGGACUGGUCGUCCUGCUAUCUUGAAGGACGAUGAGAGCAUAUGGCAAUGUCGUAUGCUCCUUCGGCACCCCUUGGCAAUCGAAGAUGAUAUGCGUCUCGUUUCCACGGUAGAGCUAAUGGCCAUCCGAGAACGAGUCCAUAAUCAGCUAGCACCAUUUGCCUAUGGUUCGGUGGACGAGCGUACUUUUGAAGUUCUCCGCAGUGCCGAUGCCGAGUUUGUACACUGGUAUCAAACGUGGGAUCAGGCCUUCUCUCAGAAGUACGAGGAUGCGGCAUUUUACAGGCAAAGCUUGCAAAUACAGCAUCUUCAUGCUGAGUUGUACCAUAACGCUUCUGCUCUACGCGGUCUCAAUGGCCCAGAAGAUGUACAGAAGAUGCCACAGUCCCAGCGGGACCUGGCCACUCGAUCGAUUCAUAUUGCACGGCAAGGCUUGGAUAUCACCGUGAACUCACCCGCCUACCGAGAAGGCAUGAAAUAUGCCGUCCACUAUACCCAUGCGACCGCUACGUUCGCUGCCUCCUUUUUGCUUCGUUUGGCUCGACUGUUCCCCCAUGACUGCGAUAUGCAAGAGAUCAGAUCUCAAGUGGAGAUGUUAGCUUCACUUAUGUCCGAAAUUCCCGGAAAGCGCUACGCGCUGACGCUACAAUUAAUGCUGAAAAGGUCCAAGAAGCGCAAGCAGGGUUCUUCACGGUCGCCGAAAGUUAGCCGAGAGACCUACCAUGGUCAAAUUCCCGUCGACCGUCCAUCUGGCAUGGCGGUGAACCAGGUCGUCAAUCAACCCCCCAUUUCUCCCACCUACGACCCCAAUGGCGGAAAGGAUGCUGUGAGCCAUGUGGCCCAAACGACGAAUUACAUGCCCUCGAAUCAAUACGUGGCAAAUGCCGACUAUAUCUGGCGUGGCUUCGAAGCGACCUCGAACGAGCAAUUGCCUGUCUGGCUAUCUGAUCAAAGCCUGGGUGGCAAUUCUUUCUCACAGAACGGUAUUGACGCAUUUUUGUUGCCUAAUGAUUAUCUCCCUCCUGCGCCUCAGAUUUGGUAGUUAUGUCACGAUGUUCUGCUGUGUCUUUAGCUGUUUGUUGUACACUCUAUGCUGUAUCUUAUAGGAAUUGCUGAGCGAUAUGCAUGCGGAUUUAUUCAUUGU